AGAAGAGAAGUUUGCAUCUGAUCCGAGGGAAAAGAGCACGCAGCAAUCAUGAUGCGCAACUGCAUCGUCUUCGCCCUGUUCGUGGCGAUGGCGGCUGCUGGCCAGUCCUACCCGGGCUUCUACAGCAAGACCGCCGACAUGGAGUUCCUGCACAAGCAGAAGAAGAUCUUCGACCUGCUGAUGUACGUCGACCAGAACGUGCUCACCGACACCGAGUACUUCGAGUUCGGCCGCAACUUCGACAUCGCCGCCAACGUGGACUACUUCACCAACAAGGAGGCAGUCCACGACUUCCUGGUCUACUUCAAGAGCGGCUUCCUCGCCAAGGACGCCCUCUUCACCUACUACAAGCAGGAGCACCGCGAGGAGAUGAUGCUGCUCUACCGGCUGUUCUACUUCGCCAAGGACUUCACGACCUUCUACAAGACCGCCUGCUGGGCCCGCAUCCACAUCAACCCGGGCAUGUUCACCGCGGCCUUCACCACCGCCGUCAUCUACCGCGAGGACACCAAGCACAUCCGGCUGCCGGCCAUCUACGAGAUCUACCCCAACCUCUUCUUCGACGCCAAGGUCAUCCGCGACGCGCACCGCCUGAAGAUGACCCGCGGCUACGGCUACCACGGCUACGGCCACCCCAUGCCCUUCGCCAAGGGCAGCUUCGAGAACGUCGAGACCUUCUACGUCUACUCCAACUUCACGGACGUCUGCAUCAACCCGACCAACGCCCUCGAGUACAAGCUCAACUACUUCACCGAGGACGUCGGCCUCAACGCCUUCUACUACUACUUCCGCAUGAGCUUCCCCUUCUGGAUGGACAGCAAGGACUACGAGGUGCCCAAGAGCUUCCGCGGUGACUUCUACUACUUCAUGCACAAGCAGAUCAUGUCGCGCUACUACCUCGAGCGCUUCUCCAACGACCUCGGCGAGAUCGAGGACUUCAGCUGGGACUCGAUGAGCCUGCCCGGCUUCUACUCGGACAUCAGCUUCUUCAACGGCGUCUCCAUGCCCCGCCGUGACUGGUGGAACGUCGUGCCGUUCUACAAGUACAAGUACGUCGAGUACGUCAAGCAGCUCGAGACCCGCAUCCUCGAGGCCAUCGACUCCGGCUACUUCUACGACACCAUGGGCAAGCAGAUCAGCUUCUACACGCCCGAGGGCCUCAACUACCUCGGCAACAUCAUCGAGGGCAACUGCGACUCCUUCAACAUCAAGUACUACGGCGCCUACGACCUGCUCGCCCGCGACAUCCUCGGCAUGAACUUCGACUGCAAGUGCAAGGACUACUACGUGCCCAGCGCGCUCCAGCUCUUCUCCACCAGCAUGCGCGACCCGGCCUUCUACCGACUCUACGACAGAAUCCUCUUCUUCUUCCACAAGUACAAGUCCCACCUGACCCGCUACACCAAGAGCGAGCUCGAGUUCCCCGGAGUGAGGUUCGAGGGCGUCGAGGUCGACAAGCUCUUCACCUACUUCGACAAGAAGGAGUACUUCAUCAACAACGCCGUCGCCGUCGACAGCUUCAAGGAGGGCAAGUCCUUCAGCAUCAAGGCCUGGCAGUACAACCUCAACUACAAGCCCUUCACCUACAAGUUCGCCGUCAACAGCGACAAGGACACCAAGGCCGUGAUGCGCGUCUUCCUGGGACCCGCCGUCGAGGGAGACAAGUACGACGACUACUCCUACCUUCUCCACUACUACCAGUACUUCUUCAUGCUCGACGAGUUCGAGGUCAACCUGAAAUCCGGAAUGAACAGCUUCGACCGCCUCAGCACCGACUCGUUCUUCUUCAAGGGAGAAUACAUGACCGGUGACCAGUUCUACAAGAAGGUCCUCAACGCCAUCGAGGGUCACGCGCCCUUCCAAUACGACAACCGCAUGUUCGGCUUCCCCAACCACAUGAUGCUGCCCAAGGGUAAGGUCGACGGUAUGAGGUUUAAGCUCUUCUUCUACCUUGGCCCGUACCAAGAAGUCAAGAGCUUCGAGCUCCCGAUCUUCGGCAACUUCAAGUACUACGGCAAGUCCUUCGGCUUCCCACUGGACCGUCCCAUGUUCCCCUGGUUCUUCAAACUCGACAACUGCUACUUCAAGGAUAUCUUCAUCUACCACAUGAAGGACUACGACGUCAAGUUCAGCCACCAGUACUAGGCCGACUUUUGUCGAGACGAACGCUGAGACUCCGGUCCCUAUGCGCGAUCGGGCUAUGUACAGCGAUAUAGUUUCACAAGAGGGAGCGAGUCUGACGAAACCAUAAGACUUACUACUUUUUUAUAUUUCUCUAAUACGAUAGGUGAUCAUCGAGAGAUCCAUUCAGGAUGCCUCGUUGAUUGCAAAUAGAUUAUAAUAAAUGAAUUAUUCAAAAU